GGGUUAUUUUCUCUGCACUUAUUAAUACAUAAUUUCAUUUAUGUCCUUUUUCUGUGAUACAUAUUUUAAAAAUUAGUUGUGAAUAGCAAAAUGAGUAUAAGUUGGGAUGUUGAUUCUAGUUAAUCUUUUGGUCUUCAUCUUCUUUGGUAACCAGCUAUUGAUUUCUGACUUUUGAAGAUGGAUGAGGGUACAGAGAUCUCCAGUGAUGGGAAUUCCCUGAUCAAAGCAGUCCAUCAGAGCCGGCUUCGCCUUACAAGACUCUUGCUAGAAGGUGGAGCCUACAUUAACGAGAGCAAUGACCGCGGGGAAACGCCUUUAAUGAUAGCUUGUAAGACCAAACAUGUUGAUCACCAGGGUGUCAGUAAAGCCAAGAUGGUGAAAUACCUGUUAGAAAACAAUGCUGAUCCCAACAUACAGGACAAAUCUGGGAAAACUGCUUUGAUGCACGCUUGCUUAGAAAAAGCUGGUCCUGAAGUUGUUUCCUUACUUCUAAAGAGUGGGGCUGACCUCACCUUGCAAGACCAUUCUAGUUACUCCGCGCUUGUUUAUGCUAUAAAUUCAGAGGAUAGAGAGACCCUGAAAGUUCUACUCAGUGCUUGCAAAGCAAAAGGGAAAGAGGUAAUUAUCAUAACAAUGGCGAAAUCAGCCACUGGGAGACACACUACCAAACAGUACUUGAAUAUGCCUCCAGCAGAUAUAGAUGGGAGUCAUUCCCUAGCCACCUGUGCUACUCCUUCAGAAAUAGACAUAACCACAGCCUCAUCGCCACUUCCACAUUCUUCUGAAACAGAAAUGACUCCUUUUGUCUUUAAAGAUCUGGAGUCCUCAGGAAGUAGUGACGACACACGGGAACCAGGCUCCCCUAUGUGGAAGCCUACUCUGGCCUGUAAUGGGCUCAAGCUGCCCCAAGCUCCACCCUGGAUCAAGAGCGCCCCCUCCUUAAUGCACCAGAACAGAGUGGCCUCCUUGCAAGAGGAGCUCCAGGAUAUUACUCCAGAGGAAGAAUUAUCCUACAAAACGAACGGGCUGGCACUUUCCAAGCGAUUCAUCACGAGGCACCAAAGCCUUGAUAUAAAAGACACUGCGCAUUUGUUAAGAGCCUUUGAUCAGGCUGGCUCAAGAAAGAUGUCAUAUGAUGAAAUAAAUUAUCAGCCAUUAUUUUCAGAAGGAAAUCAGCAGGGCAUUGAGAUCCCUGUUGACCAGGACCCAGAUACUAACCAGACAAUAUUUGCUUCCACCUUAAGAAGUAUAGUUCAAAAAAGAAACUCAGGGGCAAAUCACUAUAGCUCUGAUUCUCAGCUCUCAGCUGGUCUUACCCCUACAACUUUAGAAGACAGCAAAGCAUUUUUAGGAAAGAAAAAGAUCGUCUCGCCAUCUCCUUUGUUGUCAGGAUCUAAAGAAUUGUUGGAGAACAUCCCCCCAGGUCCCCUGAGCAGGAGAAAUCAUGCAGUUUUAGAAAGACAUGGUUCAGGAGCUUUCCCUUUAGAUCAUAGCAUUACGCAAACCAGACAAGGGUUUCUGCCACCCUUAAAUGUAAAUCCUCACCCUCCCAGCUCAGAUAUCAAUGUCAACAACAAGAUUUCCAGUCUUCUUUCUUGUGGUCAGAAAGUGCUUAUGCCGACAGUUCCUAUCUUCCCUAAAGAGUUCAAAAGCAAAAAAAUGUUGUUAAGGAGACAGUCAUUACAAACUGAACAAAUUAAGCAAUUGGUCAACUUUUAAGAGAGGGCCAGAAAACACAUUUUCUUAAAAUAUCUGUAUUAGAGAAGAACAGAAAUCUUAAAACUUCAUUGUUUUAAAUCUUGCGAUUGGUUAGUCCAUCACAUUGGGGAGCUCAAAAUAUACUGGGCAUUGUACUAGGCACUGUGGUGACAGAAAUAAUAGAUAGUUGCUGCUAAGAGAAUGCUCUCAAAACAAAAUGACGACUAUUUUCCUCAAAACUUCAAAUAUUUAACGACAUCAUGUGGUCCAAGUUUUUCAUUUAAGUAAAAAUCAGCACAGGAAGAAAGCCAGCUAAGUUGGAGUUUUUUUU